CAGGCCGCCAGGUCUCCGCAGCAAAGCAGAUAAUUUGCCCAGUAUCAUAGAUUGUUUUAACGCAUGGUGAUCCUACCACACCAAGCACCAGCUAGUUAUGAUGAAUCCCCUCAGAUCAGCCAGCCGACGCUCCGGCUAUGCACUCUCGUCUCUUUCACCCUGGCGAACAUCCUACAAGAUCGGACUAUCACACUCGCAAGCCCACGGACGAUUUCGCUCUACCACUACUAGCACUGCCUCCGACGCACUACCCCGGAUCGCCCAGACAUCAUUAUGGACCUCAAUAAUCCCAAGAUUCAUCCGUGACCGCUUUAGAGCACCAUCGAGUCCAUCAUCAACCAAAUCGGCGUCACAGGAAUGGAACCCAGCGACAUUCUACAUCGUGAUAUUCCUGCUCAUCGGCUCUCAGGCUAUUCAAAUGCUGCUACUGCGGAAAGACUAUGAGAACUACAAUCGGAAAACGGAUGCCAAGAUACGGUUGCUGAAUGAAGUUAUUCAGAGGGUGAAGAAUGGGGAGAAUGUGGAUGUUGAGAAAUUGUUGGGGACGGGGGAGGAGUCGAAGGAGAGGGAGUGGGAAGAAGAGAUUGAAGAGGAAGAUUCUAUCUGGCAUCAAAAGGCUCGCAAAGAUUCAGCGCCCGAGUCUGCCGGGAAUACAAGUAAAGAGAACAAGUCUGUUGAGAAUGUAAAAGAGCACAACAAAGGUCGCCCUCAAGAGCCAAUUUUAAAAACAGGGGCUAUGUCAAACAUCGGUGGAAAGGGUCGCUUCUAUUAGAAAUCUUCAUACCCUGAAGCAGCUUCGGCUUCGACUUUAAAAUGUGAUACCCAUGCAUGUCUCCAUGUAUAUAGUUGUAUAAUCCUCUUGGUGAAAAGUUGUAAGA